UCAGCCUGCAUUGCAGCAUGAUCAUACAAAUGUGUGUGUGUGAGAGAGAGAGAGAGAGAGAGAAAAGAGGAUUAGCACACCAGAGCCUGCGUACCAAAAAGAAGGAGAGGAAGAGAUCGAUAGGUGUGUGUCUGUGUGAAGUAAUAAACUUCUAGAGAGAGAGAGAGAUGAGGAACCCAUCAUCGGCGAAGAGUGGUGGAAGCAGUGCAGUAGCAGAGAAUAAUAACAAUAAUAAUAACAACAAUAAUAAUAGUAAGGGGAGCAGCGGCGGUAGUAGUGGUGGUGGUGGUGGUGGUGGAGGUAAAACCACGCCGUGCUGCAGCAAGGUGGGGCUGAAGAGGGGGCCGUGGACGCCGGAGGAGGACGAGGUGCUGGCGAGGUUCAUAAGGAGGGAGGGGGAGGGGAGGUGGAGGACGCUGCCCAAGAGGGCGGGGCUCCUCCGCUGCGGGAAGAGCUGCCGCCUCCGGUGGAUGAACUACCUCCGCCCCUCCGUCAAGCGCGGCCACAUCGCCCCCGACGAGGAGGACCUCAUCCUCCGUCUCCAUCGCCUCCUCGGCAACAGAUGGUCAUUGAUAGCUGGGAGGAUUCCGGGACGCACAGACAAUGAGAUAAAGAACUAUUGGAACACUCACCUCAGCAAGAAGCUCAUCAGCCAAGGCAUAGAUCCCAGAACACACAAACCCCUAAACUCUAACACCACUACUUCUCACCUUAAUCUCCCCCAAUCUUCUGCUCCUUCUUCCUCAUCUAUACCAAACCACCACCAUCAUCAUCUUCAUCAAACUCGGCCAGUCGAAACCUCCCCUCAAAACCCUAAUCACCAACACCACCAUGAUGAUCCCGAUCCGACUCCUCACGCUUCCGCGAUCAUCAAUACUACUCACCACCAUCACCAUCAUUUACAUGAAUCACCGGCGGCUCCGAUAAUUAAUUCAGGCAUCGUAAAGGGUGGACCGUCCUCUUCGCCCUCCUACGGAUACUACGACGGUAGCGCUGCUGGAUUUGAUCAAUAUCACGCCCAAGCCAAUCUUCCGAAUUUUGACACUCCCGUGCCGGGUUUGAUCAGAAACAAUAGCAAUAUUCAUAUUACAUCCGGGCUCGUCUACGAGGAAGAAGAGGACGAGAUGAUGAACCAGUGCCCCACCGACGACGUAUUCUCUUCCUUCUUGAAUUCGUUAAUCAACGAAGACAUGUUUGCCGGUUCAAGUGCUCAACACCAACUGCUGCAGCAGCCGAAUGGGGCUAGUAACAACAGUAUUGCACCACCGCAGGGUACUUCUGCAGAUCAUGCUACUUUGAUCUCUUCUGCUCAGGCUUUUGGAUUCGGCACAAGCUGGGAAUCUGCUGUAUUGUCUUCUACGACGUCUCCAUUUCACAACCAGAGCGAUCCAAAGAGGAUUAGUGAUCAUAUUGAAAAGCAUCUCUGAUCAGUAAUCAAUGGCCUGCAGUAAAUAUAAUUAGUUAAUUACUCGGUAUCUUUCUGGGGUUUGGAUUAUUAUUAUUAUCAUUAUCAUUAUUUUGAGUGUGUUUUUUUCGAUCUAGCGAUUUAGCAGUCUUGUGAUUUGACGAUCGUUGUUGUGUGUAGAAUACAUGCGAGUAUGCAUCAUGUGUCGUUAUAUAUAUAUUUUUUUUCUAAAGAAGCCUAUAUUGACUGGGCAUAUAUACUGAUAUACGUAAAAGUGGGUGUGUACUUAAUUACCUUAUUAAGCUGCUUGAAGUAAUUGUGCACAUUUGUUUGUAACUCUGAGAGUACUUAUAUAUAUAUAAAAUUAAAUUUCUUGAUUUAUUAG